UCCUUGCAGAGGACUCACCAAGGCCUUUGUGCUUCCCAGAGGGGCCGGGACUGCAACUCCCUAUUCAGCACAGCCUGCAGCUGAAGUCCUAUCUGGAAUUUCCUCCUCCUCAUAAUGAGAAUAGUCCUAUUCCAACAAAUCAGGAUGAACCUCAUGGACAUCACCAAGAUCUUCACCCUUCUGCAGCCCGAAAAGGAGGAGGAGGACACUGACACUAGAGAGAAACAGGCUAUCAAUCAAGCAGUGUAUGACAAUGACUCCUACAUGUUGGACCAGCUUCUAAGCCAGGAACGCUACAAACGUUUCAUCAACAGUAGGAGUGGCUGGGGCAUACCUGGGACACCCUUGCGUUUAGCAGCUUCUUAUGGCCAUUUGAGCUGUGUGCAGGUCCUCUUGUCACAUGGCGCUGACGUUGAUAGCUUGGAUGUUAAAGCACAGACACCACUUUUCACUGCUGUCAGUCAUGGUCAUUUGGACUGUGUACGCAUGCUUUUAGAAGCUGGUGCCUGUCCUAGUGGUAGCAUCUACAACAACUGUUCUCCUGUACUUACUGCUGCACGUGAUGGUGCUCUUUCCAUCCUGCAGGAGCUCCUAGGGCAUGGUGCAGAAGCCAACGUCAAGGCUAAACUACCAGUCUGGGCAUCAAAUAUAGCUUCGUGUUCUGGCCCCCUCUAUUUGGCUGCGGUCUACGGGCACCUUGACUGCUUUCGCCUGCUUCUGCUCCACGGGGCAGAUCCCAAUUACAACUGCACUGACCAGGGCCUGCUCUCUCGUGUUCCACGGCCACGCACCCUCCUUGAAAUCUGCCUUCACCAUAAUUGUGAGCCAGAAUAUAUCCAGCUUUUAAUAGAUUUUGGAGCUAACGUCUAUCUUCCAUCUCUCCCAUUGGACCUGACCUCACAAGAUCAUAAAGGCAUCCAAUUGCUGCUACAGGCCCGAGCUGUUCCACGGUCACUCCUAUCCCAGGCACGUUUAGUUAUCCGCAGAGUCUUGUCCCAGGCCAGCCAGCAACAAGCCAUAAACCAGCUGGAUAUUCCCCCUGUGUUGAUUAGCUACCUCAACUACCAGUGAUAAUCUUUCAACCCUCCCAGAAACCCAGCAUACCUCUACAAAAUAUCUGGCAACCAAGGUUUCUGGGGGGUAAGACAGCUCCAUU